AUGGAGGUAUACGUAGACGAUAUGCUCGUCAAGAGUAAGGAAGAGCUCGCCCAUCUGGACGACCUGGAGGAGACUUUCGCAACCCUGAGAAAACACCAGAUGAAGUUGAAUCCAAACAAAUGUGUUUUUGGGGUAGCCUCGGGAAAAUUCUUGGAAUUCAUGGUGUCCCAGAGAGGAAUAGAAGCCAAUCCAGAAAAAGUACAAGCUAUCAUUGACAUGGCACCACCCAAGACCGUCAAGGAUGUACAAAAACUUACAGGAAGAAUAGCAGCUCUAAAUAGGUUCGUCUCUAGGGCCACAGACAAAUGCCUGCCCUUUUUCAAAACCCUCAAGCAGGCUUUUGCUUGGACCGACGAAUGCGAAGCAGCGUUCCAAGAGCUGAAGCGAUAUCUGAGCAGUCCGCCUCUCCUGAGCCCGUCCAAAGGAGGGGAGAACCUAUACUUGUACCUGGCGGUGUCAGCCUCGGCAGUAAGCGCAGCCUUGAUUAGAGAAGAAGGCAAGAAGCAACUCCCAGUGUACUACGUCAGUCAAGCCUUUCAAGGAGCUGAGUUCAGCCAAUUUGACAUCGAGUACCAUCCAAGAGCAGCCAUCAAGGCACAAGCUCUGGCUGACUUCAUCGCUGAAUUCACUCUUCCAGACGAAGAAGGAACUACAGACGAAGUUGAUAAAUGGACAAUACAGACAGAUGGUUCGUCAGCCCAAAAGAGGGGGGGAGUAGGGGUCGUCAUAACUACCCCCGACGGAGAAGUGAUGAAAUAUGGAGUUCAACUGGAAUUCCCAGCCACCAAUAACGAAGCCGAAUAUGAAGGAAUAUUGACGGGCUUGAGGCUUGGAAAAGCUCUUGGUGCCAAAAAUUUGCUGGUCCAGAGUGAUUCAAAGCUGGUAAUCGGACAGAUCAGUGGAGAGUACGAGGCAAAGGAGGAAAGGAUGCAGAAAUACCUUAAACUGACGAGGCAACUAACUCAGGAGUUCGACACAGUGGAUUUCGUCCAGAUACCAAGAAACCAGAAUAUUGAAGCUGACGAAGUGUCGAAACUAGCGUCGUCAGAAGCAGGAAUGACGAGCACAGACGUGGCAAUAGAAAUUCAGAAAUACCCAAGUAUUGAAGAGGUGGCAGUGCUCACCACCCAAAGCACAAACACCUGGAUGACGCCCUUAAUAUCUUUCCUCCGAGACGGACACUUACCUCAGAAUACUGACGAAGCCAGAAAUGUCAAAAAGAGAGCGGCCAGGUUCACGAUCCUAAAUGACGUCUUGUACAAGAGAGGCUUCUCUAUGCUUUACCUAAAGUGCGUCGACGAGGACGAGGCCAAAUACAUCCUAGAAGAAGUACACGGAGGAGUCUGUGGCGACCAUGCCGGCCCCAGAUCCCUAGUAAACAAGGUGAUAAGAGCGGGGUACUUUUGGCCAACCAUGCAGGGGGAUGCUGCUGACCUCAUCAGAAGAUGCGACAGAUGCCAGCGGUACGGGAAUGUACAACGGCUUCCAGCAGAGAAGAUGACGACCAUAUCCUCCCCAUGGCCAUUCGCGCAAUGGGGAAUCGACAUCGUCGGUCCUCUGCCCCAAGGUAAAGGUCAGGCAGUACAGGUCGACCAUGAGGCCUAUAAAUCACUGAGUAACAAGAUUCCGCCUUGA